GGACUCCUGGCUGGGUGUGGAGGAUUGAUCCGCCGCCCAUGCGCAGGGCUGAGGUAUGCGGGCGGCCCGAAGCGAAACGUGGGCUUAGGUUCAGCUAAACAAACUGGAGCUACCCACACUUAGACACUGAGCCUGCUCCACACAGCCCAUCCCAGACUGACAAAACAUACAGAACUCAGUGCUGAAAUGAGACAUAUCUGAGAUCCCCCAAGGGAAGAAGAGGAGAUGGAGUUGGGGGCCUCUUCAUCCUCCAUCUCAUCAUUACCAAAAACAGAAGGCAAUCACUCCUCUGCUAGGCCAUGAAACUGUCUUCCCCUCCCCAUCUGUCACUGGUGGUGAGAGUAAUCUGGAAUUAACAUCACAAUGGAUAAGACAUACUUGGCUCUUCCUGUCCAUAGAAGGAGGAAUUGCUAGUUGGGAUAUGACAUUCCGUAAGAGGUUUCCUGCUGUCCUCUGAGGCCCAGGAACAGUCUAACAGCAUCAUACUUUGACGACAUCUCCAGGGCAUUAUCGAAGAGAAAUGUUCACAGAAACUUUUCCUGUAUAGUGGAUGAAUAAGAGGAUGAAGGAAUACUACAAACAGCAGCAAUAUAGUUGACAGAGUCCCUUUUCCCUUGGAUAACUUCACUGUAAGCAGAACUGUGGUACCAUUGCAAAAGUGGAGUGUGCUGAAGUAGGUUGGGACACUUGCACUACUUCACUAUAAAGGAAAUUCCAAGACAAAAAUAUAUUGAAAUGGAGCAAGAAGCUGGCUCCCAAAAGUUGUGACCCAGGAUUUUGUAAGCCUCUUGAAGUUCUGCUGCACACAUCUAUCUUGUAGCUGCUUCUAGUGAAUAUGUCUAUGAAAUACUUAAAAUGGAGUUUUUUGGCACUUUCGAUGCUUUCUGUCAUAAUAAUGACAUGGUACCUGACACUUCCUUUGCAUACUGUGAUAGAGCAUACAAACUGGAUGUAUUUCUAUGAAUAUGAGCCAGUUUACAAGCAGAACUUCCUCUUCACGCUGCGGGAACGUUUGAAAUGCAAAGAUACAAAUCCGUUUCUGGUCAUCUUGGUGUCUUCACAACCUAUGGAGAUAGAGGCAAGGCAGGCCAUUAGAAUAACAUGGGGUUCUAAAAAAUCCUGGGGGGACAGUCAGGUUCUAAUACUGUUCUUACUAGGACAAGGAGCUGAAAGAGAAGACAGCUUAGCAUUAUCAAUAGAAGAUGAAAGUAUUCUGUAUGGCGACAUAAUUCGCCAAGAUUUUAUGGAUACUUACAACAAUCUUACCUUGAAAACAAUCAUGGCAUUCAGAUGGGUGUCUGAGUUUUGUUCAAAUACUAAAUACAUUAUGAAGACUGAUUCUGAUGUUUUCAUCAACGCUGGCAACUUAUUAAUGUUUCUUCAAAAUGUCAAUUCUUCAGACAGUUUUUUUACUGGUUACCCUCUAAUUGAUAACUUUUCCUACAGAGGGUUUUACAGAAAAAGAUAUAUUUCUUAUGACGAAUAUCCAUUUAAGGUAUAUCCUCCCUACUGUAGUGGAAUGGGGUAUAUACUUGAUGGAAAACUGGCUCUGAAGAUUUAUGAAAUGAUGAGUCAUAUCAAACCUAUUAAAUUUGAAGAUGUUUAUGUUGGCAUUUGCUUAAAUAUACUAAAUGUGAACAUCCAUAUUCUAGAAGAUACACAACUCUUCUUUUUAUACAAAAUUAACUUUAACAUCUGUAAAUAUAGACACUUGAUUGCGGUACAUGGUGUGUCUUCAAGUGAAAUGAUCAGAUUUUGGCAGGAUUUAUUGACUGACACCUCACUCACUUGCCACUGAUCCCAAUUAAUAUAUGUCUGUCAAAAGCUGACCUUUGUCCUGGCCUCUUGGUUUGAAUUGCACUGUAGAAAGUGUCUAAAUUGAGUUUUGUAGAACAAGGAAAUGGAAAUGGGGUUUUAGGAAGGAUCACUCAGGCUUAUGGGACCAUCUUGAUUUCGAGCACCAUUAAAACAGCAGAAUAUCUCUAUAGAGGGUUUUCAGUAUUGUGGUUUUAAAUUGAGAAUGAGACUUUGUUGCACCUUUUUUAUUUCAGAAUUAUUUAGAUUAUAUAGUAACAGUAUUCUGCUCACUCUACUCCUCUGCUUCAUUUCUGAACAGUCUGCUGCAAGUAUAGGGUCAUCCUGCCACCUCCCCAGGAAUCUGUUGUCCUGGGAUUUAUGGAACUACAGCAGCAUCAUCCCUUUUUCCUCUCAAAGAACUCUCCCACAAACCUAGACCCUGGGGAAAACUCCUGUUUUCCUUCAUAUGGAUACCCAGCCCAUUCUAGGGAGUGUCUCAUCCUGUGUCCCCAUCAACACAUGAACUCCUCCUCUGCACUUCAUGAUGCUCAAAGUUGCUUGCUUAGUCAACACGAAUUCCUUUAGAAAUAUUGUGCCAAGAUUUUCAAAAUUAGGAGCCUAAAAUUAAACAGCCAUGUUUUCACUGAAGUCAGCAGAAUUUCCAGGUACUCUGCAUUUCAGAAAAUCUGGCUUCUUUUUUAGGUGCCUAUAUAUGUAUUUUAUAGAAUUGCUUUAAUGACUUCAGAUAGCUGCAUAAUUUUAUGUAGUGGUAAUUGUGUUCUGAGUAUAUUAAAGUAGAGGGCCAGUCUACUUAGUUCAAAUAAACUUACUUUCAAGUUGCUCUGCAAUAUAGGACAGCAAAAUUUAUGCACUAAUAGGCCCAUCUCCACACCUAUCAGAAUCCAGGCAGGGAGAAUAAGCAAUGAGAUUUGCUGUGAAACUUGUCAGUUUAAAUGGCUUUCAAAUGCUGAGAUCAGCUUCCAUUUGCAAAAUGAACUCUUUGCUUCAGAGUUUAAAAUAAAAAUUUGGAAAUAUUGUUACUAGACUUUUCUCUAACAGGAAUUUUAACAAAAGAAAACAAAUGCAAUUUUGUAUGUAAAGUCCAGUAUUUUAUUGUCUUAGUCAUAUCAGCAAGGCCAUGUUUCCAGUAGUUUACGCUUCUGGUAGACAAUACAGAAUCUGCAAUUGCAUUAUCAUAGUUGUUAUUCUUGAUACAUCUAAAAUCUAUCACAUACCAAAGAUACAACAGUUACAUCCUGUACAUCUAGCACUGCCACUUUACUUCUAGUCAUACUAUAGCUAAUGUUAUGAUAUUUACAUUUAAUUUGACUUUUAAGUAGUCUCUUAGAGACAAAUGUAGAAUAGAUAUAAAAAAACUCCACUACUAAUACCACGAAUGAGGUUUCAUCAAUAUUUUUUAUGUGCACUAUGAUCAGUGUUGAAUUUUGAUAACUUUGUAAUAGUAACAGCUUAUUAUUUUAAACCUACUAUGACUUGAACAUUUGUUUAUUUUAAUUGUGAGUGUUUGCCCCAUGAACACUGAAAUUCAGUAUAGCCGGACAGUGGUUAGUAUUGCUUUAAAAAAAAUACAUUAGAUUGAAUCACAAAAAGACUUUGCAGUCUUCACAAAUCUGAUGUAAGGCAGACGGCUCCAGCUGAGAAAAUAGGUAUGACAAUAAGAGAAAAGUAACUAAUUUUCUCCGAGCAAGAUAUUUUUGUGCCUGACAAGGUUCUAUGGCCCAGAGUGAGAAACACUGAUCAGCGAUUGCAGGGCUUUUGCCUUCAGAAAUGUAGAUUUAUACAUUGUUUAUUCAACCUGAAAUUGUAACUUAAAGUGACAAAAAGUAACUUAAAGUGACAAAACUGAUCUUUUAUUUUGAAACAACCUCCUAGUAACAGACAUUUUUCUUGCUUCCCCCAUUUCCAAACAUCUGAAUUUAUUACUAGAAGCAUAAAAAUAUGUAUUGCUGCUUGCCAUGUUACUUCAACAGAAAUGUUUGCUAUUUUUAAAAAAACAAACCUGAUUGUAAGAGGGGAAUUUAAAAUAAUCUUGUGAAUUUACACCAUCAGUCAAUUUUAAUGUAGACUACAAUCUGGGCCUGGACUACUAUGUCCCCUUAACAUGUUCUGAUGAAAAUGAAGUGUAAACUUCAGGCCAAGAUUUGUUUAUGACCCUGUUUAUGAACUUAUUGGCCUUGCAAAUGAUGCAGAUGAAGCAGGUCAAGCAUCCUUCAGGACCAUACAUGUUCUUAGAGAGAGCUGGUAUGAACAAAAAUGCCUCAAACAGUGUUUGGUAUUUAGAGUUUUAUUCUAGUUAUUGAAAAUAGCAUUCACAAUGUAAAAUUACCACUGUAUCUAUCACCUGUAUAGUCUGCCAGUAGUGUUUGCAUAUUUAACUGUUUAGACAUUUUUACUGGGAUUCAUUGAUUGCGUACCUUCAAAUACAAAUAGUAAAUACUUAACCUGACUAGGUGCAUUGCAGGAUUAACCAUGUUAAUGAAGACCAGAGACUACAUAAAUUGUUUGCCUGUACCUUGUUUUGGCAUUGUUUUAUGUCUGCCAUUUGUACAGUAAUAAAA